AUGAAGACGGUUCGCCAACAUAUCAUUAUCCUCUGAAGAAACUCCAUCUCUUUUCUUUCUAUCGACAAAAUCCAAACUUUCAUUACGAGAUUGUAGAAUAAUUAGGGGAGCAAGCAAGAAGCAAUCAAGAUCCCUCAAAAUCUCCGUCGUCUUCUUUCUCCAGAUUCCCCCUCUUAUACAGGUAAGAAGUUGAAUUGAGUGGAUUAGAUUCAAUAUGAGACCUGCACUCGCCUUCUAAUGUCAUUGUUUCGGAUCUUCAUCAAUCAGGACGACGACGACGACGAUAUGGCUACUUCGAAGAAAGUGAUCACGCGUGAAGAGUGGGAGAAGAAGCUAAACGCUGUCAAGCUUAGGAAACAAGACAUGAACACUCUCGUCAUGAACUUUCUUGUCACCGAGGGUUACGUUGACGCUGCUGCCAAGUUCCAAACGGAGUCUGCCACCAAACCAGAGAUCGAUCUCGCCACCAUCACUGAUCGAAUGGCUGUUAAAAAGGCUGUUCAAAACGGUCACGUCGAGGAUGCUAUUGAAAAAGUUAAUGACUUGAAUCCUGAGAUACUCGACACAAAUCCGGAGCUCUUCUUUCAUCUUCAGCAGCAAAGGUUGAUUGAACUUAUUCGACAAGGGAAGACUGAAGAAGCCUUGGAGUUUGCUCAGGAGGAACUUGCUCCACGUGGCGAAGAAAACCAAGCGUUUCUCCAAGAACUGGAAAAAACUGUAGCGCUGCUUGUUUUUGAAGAUGCCUCUAACUCUCCUGUUAAAGAUCUUCUUGACAUCUCCCACCGUCUUAAGACAGCAAGUGAAGUGAAUGCAGCUAUUCUCACUAGCCAGAGUCAUGAAAAAGUAAAUGGUUGAUGUUUGUGAACAAACAGAUCCGAAACUUCCAAGCUUGUUGAAGAUGCUGAUUUGGGCUCAGAACCAGCUGGAUGAGAAAGCAGUGUAUCCGCACAUCAAUGAUUUGUCUACUGGCCAGCUCCAAGACCCGCCAGAAUAAUACUUCGUUCAGCAAGUGGAAAAAAACUGCUAAAGGGAACAAUCAAUGAUGCCCUUCUCUCCCGUUUCAAUCUCUAUCAAUAAGUCAAGAUUCAUUAUGUUUUAGCGAAUGCUCUCUGCUUUCCCUUUUUCUUCUUGUUGGACCUUGAAUUGUUUAGGAUAUGUAUGUAGAAGGGAACAUAAAGCUGUUUUGUAGGCAAUGAAUUACUCUCUAGUCAAAAUGUUGUGAUUGUCAACAUAUCCCAUGACUCAUUGCAUGGUGUGCCCAUUUGAUUUGAAUGAAGUUAUUUGACCUUUC